AUGGCCGACGUUGCAAACCUCGAGGCCGCCUUUGAGCGCACCACGAUCCACGACGAGAAUGACGACCAGGCUGCGUCUAACGCAGCCUACCAAAAGGCCAAGAAGCCUUCAGUAGCUGGCCUUUCAACCUCGCAAUCAGCAGCCAACCGCAUGAAGCUGCCUCACCAGAUCCCUCUCCAGAAGAUCGCGACACAAAACGCAAAGACCGCAAACAUCGCAAAGGUCAACCUUGCUGCAAACGCCGGCCGGCCCUCAGAGCACAGCUCGUCUCACCGCCGCACCCUCACCGAAUCAGCGGUGUACAGCGUUCCCUCAAAUCCCGCAACCCCCAAGCAAUGGCAUCUGGGCAUGUUCGAGAUUGGCAAGCCGCUCGGAAAGGGUAAAUUCGGUCGCGUAUACCUCGCAAAAGAGCGUGCUUCAGGCUUUGUCUGCGCCCUCAAGGUCCUGCACAAGUCCGAGCUCCAACAAGGCAAGGUCGAGAAGCAGGUUAGGCGAGAGAUUGAGAUCCAAUCUCACCUCACCCAUCCCAACAUUCUCAAGCUGUUUGGUCAUUUCCACGACGCCAAGCGCAUCUUCCUCAUUCUCGAGUUUGCAGGAAAGGGAGAGCUGUACAAGCACCUGCGCAAGGAGCAGCGCUUCCCGGAAUGGAAGGCUGCCCAGUACGUUGCCCAGAUGGCUGCCGCCCUCAAGUAUCUCCACAAGAAGCACGUCAUGCACCGCGAUAUUAAGCCUGAAAACAUUCUAGUCGGCAUCCACGGCGAGAUCAAGAUUUCCGACUUCGGUUGGUCGGUCCACGCCCCUAACAACCGCCGCAACACCAUGUGCGGAACGCUUGACUACCUUCCUCCGGAGAUGCUUCGCGGCGGCGGCAAGGACAACUACUACACUGAGAAGGUCGACCUGUGGAGUUUGGGUGUCUUGACAUACGAAUUCUUGGUCGGUGAGGCGCCUUUUGAGGACACACAAGUCAUGACACAGCGCAAGAUUGCGAGGGGAGAGUACACAGUGCCCAGCUUUGUCAGCUCAGAAGCACGGGAUCUGAUUAAGCGAUUGUUGGUGCUGGAUCCUGAGAAGCGUAUUGCCUUGGAGGAUGUUGAGAGACAUCCCUGGAUUGUCAAGCACUGCAAGGGCAGCCCCAGAGCAUAUGAGCGUACGUCUGGAGGCAAGUCCCGCAGCAGUUCGGACGACUCUGAGGAGAGCUUCUAA